GGCCCAGUGCCGCCCUUAACAGUGCUCACUCACAAUUUGCAGGACUAGGGGCUGGGACUCUACCACAAGCGUAGGACAGAAGGGAUUUUUUUUCAUACGUGAUCUAGCUUCCCAGUUUUAGAAUCAUUUCCAUUGAGGAACGAAUCAUUUAUCUUGUGGAACCAGGUCCGAUUAUAUUAUGUCAGCAGAAAAUUCAAAUUCAUACGAAAACCUCAAAGAAUUUGUGUCAUUUUGAACCAGAACGGACUGACAACUUGAAAUUCUGAAUAUUUUAAAUUAUUAGUUACGGCAAAAAUAAAUUAUAGCGCAAAGAAGAAAUACGGAUUUUGCAUGUCAGGACUUUUAAACCCAUAACAGAUGGUUAUGCAAAGGAAUUUUAUUUCAAUUUGAGCACCGCAUGUGAGGAAGUUUCAAAACCUGUCAACUCAACAUUUCGAAAAAAACAAAUGACUUAAAAAUCUUAGUACUGCGUGAAAGGAGAAAGUGAAAUCAUGGAGAAACCAUUUUCCAUAUUGGGUGCUUAUAAAGUGUUUUCGAGCAGAAACAGGCCCACUAAGGAUAGUUGUUUCCGUUUUCCAAACUCAAAUGUGUUGCGGAUAGCUACUGUCUUUCUGAUUUGUCUACUGGGUUCACAAGACUAUGCAGUUUUAUGCGAAGUUCAGGACUCGGCAGUCCGUGAUUUGACUACAUCUGUACACACUUUUACCAAAAGAUCCAGUGGGCCUUUAGACUCCUUAGAAAUAUUGCACUUCGGGAACGACGGGAAGUUUGGAGAAUUUUCUGUGAAAAGGUCGGAUAACGUUGACCACGAAAACGAAAUUGUUGUUGUGAAUACAGAAGUGCCAGAGUUUUCGGAAGGUGUUGUUUCUAAAAGCGAUGUUCUAGAAAAACUUGCAGACGACUUUCUUGAAGGGGAGGGGACAAAUAUUAUUCCUGAAAAUGAGAGGGAUGAGGUAGACGAAUUCCCUGAUGAUUCAGGAACAGAGGAUUUGGACAAAAGGGCGGGAUUUGCGCCUUGGGCGGGCAAAAGAGACGGAGACGGUGUCGUGGAUAAAAGACCAGCAUUUCAUGCGUGGUCAGGGAAAAGAACACCACAUAGCGCUGUAGAUGCACAGAAAAGACCCGCGUUUCAUGCAUGGUCGGGCAAACGUUCAACGUACCCCUACAAAAACAAUGAAAAACGACCCGCAUUCCAUGCGUGGUCGGGCAAAAGAUCAGAAAAACGGCCUGCAUUUAGCGCUUGGAAUGGAAAAAGAUCAGAAAAGCGACCUGCAUUCCACUCCUGGAGUGGAAAGAGAUCAGAAAAGCGACCUGCAUUCCACUCCUGGAGUGGAAAGAGAUCAGAAAAGCGACCUGCAUUCCACUCCUGGAGUGGAAAGAGAUCAGAAAAACGACCUGCAUUCCACUCCUGGAGUGGAAAGAGAUCAGAAAAACGACCUGCAUUUCACGCCUGGAGUGGAAAGAGAUCAGAAAAACGACCUGCAUUUCACGCCUGGUCUGGUAAAAGGUCCGAAAAACAACCGGCUUUUCACGCGUGGAGUGGGAAAAGGUCUGAUCUGGAAAAUGCAAAGCUACUGUCUUUCGAUUCUCUCCCUGGGAACCACUUGGAAGAAAUCAAGAGUCCCGGCUUCUAUCCCUGGGAAGGCAAGAAGCAGGAAAAUUCAGAAGAAGAAGAUAGCUUUGUAAAAAAGGCAAAAUUCCAUGCGUGGGGCGGUAGAAAGCGAUCGGACGAAGAUUUCCAUUCUUCAGAAGACUCCAAAAGUAACUCGGAUGAUAUUAGGGGUGAGGGGGGUGAAAAUGAAGAUUGGGUCACCGAUUUUCUGUUUGAAAGUAUUAAUGAUGGUGUUGGUGAUUUAGGUUACGAAAAUCUAUCGUCUUUCCUUUUUCCCAGUGAUGAGGGACAAGAAACUGGUUUUGAGAAGAUUGCAAAACGACCGCGUUUUCAUGCGUGGUCAGGCAAAAGAUCUCUGGACUCGGAGAGAGAAUUGAACCCAUUACCUCAACCUGACGAAGUGGACAACUACCAAAGUGCUACUGUCAAGCGUCCUGCAUUUUCUGCGUGGUCAGGAAAACGCACGAACUCCCCUCUUCUGUCACCUUCUCUUAUGAGUGAUGAACAGAGUGACAAACACACUGGUAACCUCUCAUCUAACCCAGACUACGAUUUAGAGUUGCAGCUCCAAGUUUUGGACGCAUUAAUCUCAGAUCUCGAGAAAAGUGAAGAUUUUGGGUCAUAUUUAGAUGACAAUAGUGGUCAACAUCUCGGACUGCCUUUCGAAAGUCAAAGAAGUGAGGAAGGGAGAAUGGAAAAGCGGCCAGCAUUUCAUGCGUGGAGCGGCAAGAGAAGUUCUAGUCAAGAUGACACGUUAAGCUCUAAUGAAGAAAUGAACAGUGCGGUUGACAGUGACGUUCGGGAAACAAUAAAACGUUCGCUUUCAGAUUUUGGGGCCGAUGUGGGACUAAAAAGAGGUGAUCUGAUGAGUUCUGAUCUAAACGCAAUAUCGGAGAACAUCGGUGGCUUGACAUAUGGAGGAAGGAGAAUCCGUUCAUUGCUCCCUUCUCGAGAGGGCCGCUUGAAAUUACUUUUGGCUCUGAAAAAUGCUUAUAACCGACUAAUCAACGGAAGAGAUUUGCUCAUCAAAACAAUGCCCAAAGAAGAGAGAUUGGAAGAAGAGAUUGAGAAGAUUGUGGAGCAGCCGAGACCGCCCACAGUAAGAGCUUAUAUUUCUCAGAUCAAACGCCCAGCUUUCAACGCGUGGGGUGGCAGGAAGAGAACUUUGGAUCGCUUUUCUCCAAGGCGCCGUCACAAUAGUCAGUCAAAAAGGCCAGCGUUUUCGCCUUGGUCUGGAAAAAGGUCAAAUGACAUGAGUUCACCUCUGCCCAUUCUGAAGCGAAGAAAAAGAGAUACAAAUCAAAAUGCUUUAAACCUUAAACUGAGGGGGCAGAAAUCAGAUUCAGAAGCGGGUGAAAUUCUACAUAUAGAUAGCAUAGGUAACCAAGAGGAACUUGACAGUUUGGAAAAUAGAACUUUAAAGGACGCCAAAAGCAUAACAUUUCAGAAUAAUGUAGGAAGUUUUCCUCCAUCGGCCACGGAAGAUCGAAACAAAGAGACAGAAAAACAGAGCCCCCCUCGUGAUAAUAACGAGGCAGUCAAAGACAGACAAGUUCUCUAUGACGAAGACCAGGAUCUACUGCACGGCAGAUUUCAACCAGCGGUAUCUUCCCAAACUAGUAUGAAUAAAGAUUUCUUUGACUUCUCAAAGCGACCCGCUUUCCAUGCCUGGGGCGGGAAACGGACUCAGUUAGAUGAUCAAAAUGAGUUGGAGAUGGCGGAAGGGGAGAUACACACUCUUCCAUAUUCAGACAUUGUUACAAAAGAACUUAAUUUGGACACGAAUUAUCCCUUGCGUGGUGGCACAUAUGACGAGAUGUCUUUCGGGCCAGAAGUACAAGGAGGGAGAGAAGACCAGAGUCAUUCCACAGAAGAGCAGCACAGAAGUGGUUCAAAGGGAUCAGGUGACAGAAUAGUUGUUUCUAAAGUAGACCAGAAAAUGAUCGACAACGCUGGACAAAUAAAAAAUAUUGCUGGUGAAAGCCGAAAAAUGUAUCUCUCAGGGGGAGACGUCGAUUCGGAGAAAGACGGAGGGGAUAACAAGGGUGACGGGGAAACAAAAAACGGAGAACCAGUAGGAGUGUGGUCAGACCGAGAAGUUUCUGAAAUGUUUAAGCAAAAAGAUUCUCCUGCUGUGGAACAGGUUGUCCCGACCGAACGAGAUCAAUUUGACGAGUCUAGCUACGAUUUACCUCACAACCCAACAUUUAGACUGUUCUCUAAGGGUGGUGUUAAAGAGAACACCAACUCCCAGAUAUCCGAUCAUGAAAUUCAAGUUUCAGAUUCACUGAAAAAACGACCAGCCUUCCAUGCAUGGUCGGGCAAAAGAUCUGGAAUGGAGGAAUCAUUUGGCAAAGAUUACGAUCGAUGGCCAAGCGGAAUGAGAGAAGGGAGCAGUGUGGGGGGUUACGAAAACUUAAUUCCUCUACCGGUAUUCAACGACUUAGAAAGAAGGGAAGCGUAUUUCAAAGAAGAGCUUCGAGACAAUUUAAACCCUAUUAAUGAAGUGAAAAGACCAGCUUUUCACUCCUGGUCGGGAAAGAGGUCGAAUAACAACAGAAAAAUGCAGCUAGAGGCGAUGAAAAGAUCUGCAUAUCAGUCUUUCAGCGGCGUGGGCGACGUGUCAGAUAGGAGGAACGAUAUGUUGACAUUCCCGGUAUGGCCGCCUCUCAGCCUCUGGGCUAUGAAAGCGUAUGCAACUAAAGAUGAUAUUGCUCUAGCUAAGCCUGAUAAAAGACCUGCUGCCUUUCACGCAUGGUCGGGGAAAAGAGCUCAGGGGCAAGAUAUUAUGGCCGGACCCUCGCAAACAUACACCGGCUUCGGAUUUGUUGACCUGCCAAAUUUGAAAACGUCACUGGAUAAUCAAAUAGCUAUGGAUAACGUUGCAGAUUGGGAUGGUGCGGGCAGAAACCAAGCGGAUAAAAGGCCUGCGUUCCACUCCUGGUCCGGUAAACGUUCGAAUAGAAUCUCAGAUAUAGGGAAUAAAGAAAAUGAGUUUAAUUCGGAUUUAGGUCUUUCCCAAAACGUUGCUAGGGCACUCGGGGUUGUUAAGAAGCCUGCAUUUCAUUCUUGGUCUGGUAAACGGAGUAGCGAUGACGUUGAAGAUGUUCAUGGUUAUGAGAUGGAGAAACGACUCGCUGCCUUCCACGCGUGGUCGGGGAAAAGAGACUCACCCAGGAUGUUUGCCUUUAAUUCGUUAUCAGGAAAAAGAGGUGCACCCUCAGAUAAACUGACGAUUUUAAAACGACCCGCAUUGCACGCCUUGUCGGGAAAGGGAUCAGGAGCCCUUGAUGAGAACGCAGUUGAUUACGAGAUGCCACCUGCUUUUCAUUCAGGGUCCAGGAAGAGGGCUGCUGAUGGUGGGGAUACAAUGAGUAAACGGCCAGCUUUCCAGGCCUGGUCUGGGAAAAGAAGCACACGGUCUGUGAACAUGGAAAAACGGGUGGCCUUCCAUUCAUGGUCAGGAAAAAGAAAUUCUGAAACUCUAAACAAAUUGUUAGCUGAAAAACGACCAGCCUUCCAUUCAUGGUCGGGAAAGAGGAAUUUCAAAGCAGUUGACAAUUUGUUAGCUGUAAAACGACCAGCUUUUCACUCUUGGUCAGGCAAACGUGCUGCAGGUAAUUUAGCUUCAUUAAAACGUCCAGCCUUUCAUUCAUGGUCCGGGAAACGAAAUGUCCGUCCUGUGGACAAUGCAAGAGCUGAAAAACGACCAGCAUUCCAUUCGUGGUCUGGAAAACGCAGUCUACAAUCUCCAGCUGAUAUUUUGACAGAUGCAGAAAAACGACCCGCAUUUCAUUCGUGGUCGGGAAAACGUAGCUUGGAUAAUCCGGCAACUGGAAAACGACCAGCUUUCCAUUCCUGGUCAGGAAAACGUGACUUCCCCUCUGCUGACAAUACAAUACCUGAAAAGCGACCGGCAUUUCAUUCGUGGUCGGGAAAAAGGUACGUAACAUCUCAAGAUCCCACUUCUUUGGAGAAACGCCCUGCUUUUCACUCAUGGUCGGGAAAGAGAGACGGUUUUUUCAAAGUAACCCCAUCGCAGGAAAAGCGCCCGGCGUUCCACGCUUGGUCUGGGAAAAGAGACCGUCAGCAAGACAUCUUCACGUCAAAGCGUCCAGCUUUCCACUCGUGGUCCGGAAAAAGGUCCCAUGUGUACCAGGAUGCACCACCUGCUCUGAACCCUCUGUAUCUCGACGAUGGCGUGCUCAUGAAGCGUCCGGCCUUCCACUCCUGGUCUGGUAAGCGUGAUUCCAUCUCUUACUACACUCCAUCGUUCGGUGGGGUGGUCAUGAAACGCCCAGCAUUCCACUCCUGGUCGGGGAAAAGGGCCCAAAUGUCUCAGGACGCAUCUCUACUUUCAAAUUCAGCUUCUAUUGAUAGUCAGCUGAUAAUGAAACGACCUGCCUUUCAUUCAUGGUCGGGUAAAAGGGCUCAACUUUUGCAGACCCCAUCAGCAUCGAACUUUCCAGGCCCGGACGGAAGGGUCAUGAAACGUCCAGCCUUUCAUUCCUGGUCAGGGAAAAGACAGCUGACUCAAUAUGGCAAUACAAACAGUACACCCUUACAGGCAGACGGGGGCGCUAGUGUAUUCAAACGCCCCGCAUUUAGCGCCUGGUCAGGAAAACGCACUGUACGAGAUACGACAAAAGCGGCACAAACACUUGACACUAAAAUACCAGUUACUUCAUCCCCAAUCACUGACAGCGAACAGGAGGGAAAUAAACCCCUUUCCCCCGACACCUGGCCUAGUGGAAACCCUCCUGCAGCCGUUGCGUUGGGAUCGUUGAAUGAACAACUGCCUGCAAGUACGAACGACGAUUCUGCAAAAGGAACGACUACGCUGACAACUCACAGUUCAAUAAGAGAACCCCUCGCCACUCAACGACACCCAAAUGCAAUCGUCGAUAAAUCCUCACUUUCAAACGUCAACAAACUGCAAUCACAACAACUCCCAAGCGCCCUUCUGCCUCCUUCAGAGAGCAGUUCUCUUUCAAGUUAGAACUGUUCACUUUUUCAGCUAACAACUUGUAGCUUGUGAACUUCAGACCUUGAAAUUGGAUUUUUUUUUCUCAUCAGAACUAUACCAAAGUAAUGAAGAACUUGUUUAACCAUUCCACUAGAUCCAUUCCAGUAGUGAUAAUGAAUUAUUUAAAGACUCAACAAUUGCUGACUGAAAGUCAAAUUUUGCCCAGAGAAAUUUAUAAACAACACAAAGUCUAAUUACCUCUCUUUGUCAAGCAUUUGCAUUAUUGUUGUAAAAGUUAUUUUGCGACAAAAAGUCUUAAAUCUACUUUUUCUCAAACAA